GUACGCCUGUGCGGGCGCGUAGUCCAAGAGUCCAAAAGUUGAGCUGAGGGCUGAUAGCAGUUGUUGGCCAGGCAUUCCUCUGUGGCCGGUCGCAGCUGUGGCGGUGGGCUCUUUGUCAGCCACAGAAAUGCUGACGGCUGUGUGGGGAAGGAGGCUCUGCGACGUGUACCGUCUCGGGAAGAGCCUGGGUCCGGCUUUACUCAGCAGCCUCGACUCCGUUCGCCUUCCCCUUUGCUGCCCCCAAUCCCUCAGACCUCCCGCCUUCCUUGGCAGCUUCAAGGGACUGCGGCAGGAAAGCUGCCCCCAUGCAGGUGCUAAUACUGUGAAGCCGCUUGAUGGUGUGAGGAUUCUCGAUUUAACAAGAGUGCUUGCAGGGCCUUUUGCUACCAUGAAUCUGGGCGACCUUGGAGCUGAAGUUAUUAAAGUAGAAAAACCUGGGGCAGGAGAUGAUACAAGAUCUUGGGGACCACCCUUCAUUGGAACAGAAAGCGUUUAUUUUCUCAGCGUAAACAGAAAUAAAAAGAGCAUAGCAGUUAAUAUGAAGAAUCCUAAAGGAGCAAAGAUCAUUAGAGAGCUUGCAGCUGUCAGUGAUGUUUUUGUGGAAAACUACGUCCCUGGAAAACUGGAUGAAAUGGGCUUAGGAUAUGAAGAUAUUAACAAGAUUGCUCCUCAUAUUGUUUACUGUUCAAUAACAGGCUAUGGUCAAAGUGGUCCAAAGUUUCAGCGAGCAGGCUAUGACUCUGUUGCAGCUGCUGUUUCUGGCCUCUUGAAUAUCACAGGGCCUGAGGAAGGUGAGCCAGUUAGACCAGGAGUAGCUAUGACCGAUCUUGCCACAGGACUGUAUGCAUAUGGAGCAAUUAUGGCUGCACUUCUUCAGAGUCAUAAAACAGGGCAGGGUAUGCACAUGGAUUGCAAUUUGCUGUCCUCUCAGGUUGCCUGUCUUACUUACGUAGCAAGCAAUUUCCUAAAUUGUAAAAUGGAACCGAAACGAUGGGGCACGGCUCAUGCCAGUAUUGUUCCUUACCAGGCUUUCAAAACAAAGGAUGGCUACCUCGUAGUGGGAGCUGGAAAUGAUCAACAGUUUGCCACUGUCUGCAAGAUCCUGAAUUUGCCUCAUAUCAGCCAUGAUACCCGAUAUAAAAAUAACAAGCAACGUGUGCUGAACAGGAAGGAACUCAUUGGAGUUUUAUCAGCCAGGUUUUUAGAAAAAGAAACCACCAAAUGGCUAGAACUCUUUGAAGGCAGUGGUGUUCCAUAUGGUCCAAUCAACAGUAUGCAGCAGGUGUUCUCGGAUCCACAGGUUCUGCACAAUGGUCUUAUCAUGGAGAUGGAUCAUCCAACAGCAGGCAAGAUAGCUGUCCCAGGUCCAGCUGUAAGGUACAGCCAGUUUGAAGCCUACGUAACAAAACCGCCUCCUCUUGUUGGUCAACAUACAGUGGAUGUAUUGAAGACUGCUCUGGGAUAUGAGGAUGAUACCAUUCAGGAACUGCUCAGCUCCCAAGUAAUAACUCAACAUGAACUCACAUAAAUGGAUUUGGUUUCCAUUUCUGAUGGAGAAGAAACUUCCCUGACUCCUGCUAGGAUUUCUUCCAUUUUGACAACUUAAUGAUGAUUAAGUUAUCUCCUUUUUUUUUAAUCUGAAGCACAUGCUGCAUAAAAUAUCAGCCUGUAAGGUUCCCCCCCCCCCCCAAGUAAUCCAGUGUUGCUGCUUAAAAGGUAAAACUGUAUAUUUGGGUAACAUUCAGUUGCCAAAUUAUUGUGUUGCUAAUCACUUCCCAGAUUGGAAUUUGUGCCAGAAUUGUAACUAUCCCCAGCAUUAGCCCUCCAUAAAGACACAUCAAAAGGGGCAAAUACUUGUAACACUUGCAUUCCUUCUUUGCUAUCUGCUUCUUAAACCCUUUCUUAUAUGAAACCAAGAUUGUGAACAGACAAAUGUUCUCCGUGAAUAAUUUUAAUAGGAGGCUGAGAGCACAUUGUUAGUCUCUAAUGUAAGCCAUGGAGAAAGAGGCCGUUGUAAAAUUAACCACUUUUAAAUUGAAUUAACCAGGUUCUAUUUUGGAAGUGUUUGUUUUCCUAUUCAAUGAUAAUCUACAGCUGUGCUGUGGUAAUGAAGCUAGAACAUUGCUUUUCUCUGUUUCUGCAAAGAAGAGAACACAUUUGACUCCCAAAUGAGUGCUAGAAGACUCUAAGAACUGCUAAAUUUUGCCAUAUAUAAGGUUGUUUUUUGCACUUUUGUGAGCAGCUUCAUCUUCCUGGAAAUAUGGGUUUGGAUUCAGACACCAAGAAUCAUUAAUGUUUUAUGCAUAAUUAAUGUUUGGUACGGCAUAUCUGAUGAAAAUUAAAAGCAACAUUCAGUCACAA